UCGUUUACCAGCCGCAUGGGCCGCAAAGGCGACAGGCCAUCGAUUUUUCCCCUUCUCUCCGCCGGCGACGGUCUCCCGGCCGGAUCCAGCGCAGCCACCCUCCCCCCUCGGAUCCAGCGACGCCGCCUGGCCUCCCCCCUGUCCCGCCACCGCAAGACUUCUCUCGGUCCAGCGACCUCUUGAGCGACCUUGAGCGCAGAGAUGCGGGGUGUCGGAGGCCCACUGCUGACUGUCAGCGAUCUCUUGAGCGACCUCACCGUCGAAGGAGGCGACGACCACCUCGACGGCGGAGGCGACGCGUCUGCCCCCUCCUCCCCCUUGGAAGCGCAUCAGGUGGAGGAAGCCGACCCCUCCGAGCUCCAGCGGCUCUUCGCGGAAGACUAUGACAAUUUGAUGAAGUCGCUACAGGAGAAUGACCCUUCGUGGCCUUCCCUGAUGCUGAAGUUGUGCAGGGCAUUGAAGACUUCAGAUAAGCUGCUGAGCUACGCGAAUAUGAAAGCAGAGCAGCUGCUAGAGAAGGUGGAGAAACUGGAGCAUGUCUUAGAGAGAGGAGAUCGUGAGGUGGGAUCAAUUAUAGAGGUUCUUCAGAGCAUGCAGCUCACCGAGGAUCAUCAGAUCUCCAAAACGAACCCACCCAGCAAGUAGUGAGCUGUGGUGGCGUAGAUGUUGUGUUUGAUUAUCCAAAUCAGGAGGCAUGCCUUUCCUGCCAGCAUUCUAGCACAAAUCCAGUUACUAGUUCCUUUGUUUCCUGAACUGAACGAAAAGCCUGAGAAGUGUUGUGGCAGUCCGUUGGAUAAUACUAAAGACGUGCAUGUUUUCUAAAGAUGGACAGACAAAUAUUUGUAGGAAUUUAAGCCUCAAUGAUUUAGAAGAAUUUCAUAGAAAUUUUGGGAGAUUCUA